AUGCCUGACUUCCACGCAUCCGCACAAGAUAUUGAGCUUGAUGGCUCUGUCCUAAAGGCCCACCUCUUCGAUGUCGACGGAGAAAGCCACGAGGUCGAGAUUGAGCUCAAUGAUAUUCUCGGAAACGAGAACGGAAGCUUUUUGUGGGGCGGAGGCGGCUUCAACGAUACCGCCGAAGACGUGCACCUCUCAUUCGAAGGUGACGACAACUGGCCCAUUCUUCGUGCCCGGCUCCAGAACGAGGAUGGAGAUUUCGUCGACGCCGAUGUCAAUCUCGCCGAGCGAAUUGGAAACAACAACGGAGAGUUCACAUUCGAGUAG